GUUAUCAGACAAUCAAUCAAUAUGCAAAUCAAUUAUUCUCGAUUUUCGAAACUUGAAAAGCAACUCGGACCGCCCGUUCUUCUGCUCAUCAACUAAUAAGAUGCCCUGUCAAAAGAAGUCAAACCCAACGGAAUUGCACAUCUCCACUGGCCGCGAGAUCGUUCAACGGAACUUUGUGUUCCGCAACACCACUGGCAAGGACUUCCUGCUGAAGUUGCAUGCUACGAAUGAAGCCGUCACCUUCCCAACGGAAGUUUUCCGUUUUCCACCAUUGGCUCAUCGUGCCAUCCAGUUCCGUGUGAACUCAUCAAAGCUCUCCCAAUGGGACAAGAUGAAUCUUUUGAUCAAAGGAUACGUGUUGCCGAUCUAUGCGAAGAGCCUCAAGCAGUUCAUUGAUCAGAAGAAAACUGCAGGAACUAAGGAGCAAGAGGCAUUCUCAUUGUCUGUCAAGUUCACGGAUCAGUUCUCGGCUCCCCAGACAGUCAUCAACUUGCCAGGAUAUGCCACGUGUAUCGAGUCGACUGAUUAUCCGGUUGACGUGGAAGAAUUGGACACUACAACUGCAGUCAACAUCGAAAGAGAUGUCUCCACUGCUGUUCCAAUUGGUUCAAUGAUGGGAUUUGUUGAGGAGUACAAACGUCGUCAAUUGAACAAAGGAUGCUGGUUUUCCAACUACAUCUGUGGAACUGAAAAGCAACCGGAGAAGCAGUCAAUGAGAUCUUCUCGUAGAUCAAGCCGUUCGUCGAAUCAUUCUGCAAAGAGCUCAAAGGCUUGCCGUAUUCAGGCUAAUAAAAAGAACAAAAGUGAUGUCAAUGUGUGCCUUGAAGCAACUCCGUGUGGUGGAUCAACUAUUCAAGCUUAGAUUGAACUGUGAAUGGCACUUUUGUAUGAUUUAAUGAAAUUGACUUGGUCGGGUUUCUUGAA